UAAGUUAUACUGUGGACUGGUACCUCAAGCAGCAGGACUAACAAUAAAUACACAGUCUUUCCAAUCGCAGCCACACACUCAAGUCGUCCGAGCCACCAUGAAGGCAAUAAUGAAGACUACCCUGCUGGCCUGUCUGCUUUUGGCAGCGCUUCAGUUUAGUCAGGCGGGCCCUGCUGGCCCUGAUGGCCCUGCUGCUGCCCUGGCGGAGACUGAGGCAACCAACAGUUUAGCGGCUCCUGAACGAAUGUUCUGCGUCUUACGAAUGAUUCUAACGUUCUUCCGUGACUUGCCAUACUUGGCAUACAUUUGCGUUGAACAAUCGAAGCUAGACACCUCGUUCCCGUUCUUCAUCACCUUCCCGAUCUGCGCCGCCAUCGCUGGAGGUGCUGAUGUCCUUCGCGUUGUGGCGGACGUUUCGAUGAAGUGCUGGGCGUGAGCCUGGCUGGAGCCGCCGACGGUGCAGAUCUUGGUGG